CCACUUACCUCCGAGGCUUACUAUUUUUUUACUGUCAGGUAUCCAAACCCGCAAUCAUGUCCGAAACCGCACCUGCCGCGCCGCCCGCGCCUCCUGCGGAGAAGGCGCCCGUGAAGAAGAAGGCCCGCAAGUCCGCCGGGGCCAAGCGCAAGGCGUCCGGGCCGCCGGUGUCCGAGCUCAUCACCAAGGCCGUGGCCGCCUCCAAGGAGCGCAGCGGCGUGUCGCUGGCCGCGCUCAAGAAGGCGCUGGCGGCCGCCGGCUACGACGUGGAGAAGAACAACAGCCGCAUCAAGCUGGGCCUCAAGAGCCUGGUGAGCAAGGGCACCCUGGUGCAGACCAAGGGCACCGGCGCCUCGGGCUCGUUCAAGCUCAACAAGAAGGCGGCCCCCGGCGAGGCCAAGCCCAAGGCCAAGAAGGCGGGCGCGGCCAAGCCCAAGAAGGCUGCCGGCGCGGCCAAGAAGCCCAAGAAGGCGGCGGGCUCGGCCACCCCCAAGAAGGGCGCCAAGAAGACCCCGAAGAAGGCGAAGAAGCCGGCGGCGGCCGCCGUGGCCAAGAAGGUGGCCAAGAGUCCGAAGAAGGCGAAGGCCGCCAAGCCCAAGAAAGCGGCCAAGAGUCCGGCCAAGGCCAAAGCCCCUAAGCCCAAGGCGGCCAAGGCCAAAUCGCCCAAACCCAAGAAGACUGCCCCCAAAAAGAAGUAAGAAUGAAGGGGACCCGAGAACACAAAGGCUCUUUUCAGAGCCACCCACUUCAUCUCAAAAAGAGCCACUUGUGCACAGUGGAGUCGGGAGAACCAGAACGACAGACUUAACAUUUUCCUCCAUCUGGUGAGUAGAGGGCUCUGGGGGGAACAGGCACACCCUGACCUUUCCCAGAAAAGCUAUCAGCUGCUAAAAGGCUUCUGUGUUUGGUCUAAGGGGGGUGCUCCCUGUUCCAGGUGCUUUCCCAGUACUCAUUAUGCCCUUGAGAUCCAGCCAGGUUGUUACAAAUAUCAAUAGCCUCCCUUUUAUUGCUGAGUUUGUGGUCACAUGUCAGUGAAAGCACUAAAUUGUUGCCUCUUUCAGGCCAUGACAAAUAAAGCUGUUAAGAACUUCCCA